AAAGCACCCCAGCGUACUUCAUAUUCACUCUGAUGGAAAGGGUGCAGAUUCAGAAAAGCCAUGGAAGAAUCAAACGUUGGCAUUCGGACGUGUCCCGCAAAGUUAGAAGCAACGCAGCCUGGAGCAGCUUGUGGCAAAGUAAAUGUUGCUGAAAUUUGCUGAUGCCAACCUGUACCCAAAGACUGCCGUCUCUCCGCCUGAACUGAAGUCUCCCAGGUGAUAGAGGUUCUCUGAAAGUGACCAUCUCCCGGCCCACACGACGUGAACAUGGGCUUUGAGGAUAUCCUGGAGAAGGUGGGAACUGUGGGCAGAUUCCACGCCAUUCACAUUGUUCUCCUAGCUAUCCCUCUUGCUAUGCUGUCCACCCACAACCUCCUCCAGAACUUCGUGGCCGCUGUCCCCGACCAUCGGUGCAGGGUGCGGCUGGGAGGUGCAGAUUCGAGGUACAUCAAUGUGACAGAGGAGCCACUGAGGGAGGAGUUUCUCCGGGUGUUCCUGCCCAUGGACCAGGAAGGGAGGCCGGACAAGUGCCGCAUGUACAGCUCCCCGCAGUGGCAUCUCCUGGGCACCAACGAGACGCAGGGCAUAGGGAGCCAACCUGACACACAGGAAUGCACCGAUGGGUGGGUGUACGACCACUCCCAGUUCGCAAUGACGAUCGUCACAGAGUGGGACCUGGUGUGUAACCGUAAAUCGCUGAGACACAUGGCACAGUCUCUCUACAUGGCUGGAAUCCUGGUGGGAUCCGUCAUUCUCGGGAGGCUCUCCGACAGGUAUGGGCGGCGGACAGUCCUACUGUCGUCCCACCUACUGCAGGCGGUUUCCGGGACGUGUGGCGCCUUCUCCUCCUCCUUCCCACUCUACUGCUUCUGGAGAGUCCUGUCAGGAAUGGCGGUGUCAGGGAUAAUACUCAACACAGUAUGCCUGGGCAUCGAGUGGAUCCCGAUGACAUUCCGGAUACGGGCCGCCACGUUUUGCAACUAUUUCUACACCCUCGGCCAGCUGAUCCUGCCCGGCAUCGCGUACGGAAUCCAGGACGGCCGCUUGGUCUUCCUGGUCCUCUCCGUGCCUUUUUACGUCUUCUUCCUCUACUCUUGGUGGUUUCCUGAGUCCGCCCGGUGGCUCAUGAUGAACAACAAGGCUGACGUGGCUCUCAAACAGCUCAAGAGAGUGGCGAGGAUAAACGGCAAAAAGGAGGAAGCCGAGGAGAUAACCGCUGCGUUCCUCAAGUCCAACAUGGAGGCGGAGCUAAAAUCCAGCAAGGGGACGUACAACGCCCUCGACCUGUUCAAAACUCCCACAGUCCGCAGGAUAACCUUCUGCACCAUGUCCAUCUGGUUCUCAACGAGCUUCUCGUACUACGGGCUGGCAGUGGACCUGCAAGGGUUUGGGGUCAACAUCUACCUGAUUCAGCUCAUCUUCGGAGCAAUAGACAUCCCUGCCAAGCUGGUGGGUGUUUGCACCAUGAGUUACGUCGGCAGGAGAUUCACGCAAAGCGCCUCCCUCAUCCUGGCGGGGUUGGUCAUCCUGAUUAACAUCUUCGUCCCAAAAGAUCUCCAGAUCCUGAGCAUGACCCUCACUGUCAUCGGGAAGGGGAGUCUGGCUGCUUCUUUCGCUUGUUGUUAUCUCUACGUUAGCGAGAUGUACCCGACCGUGAUCAGGCAGACGGGCGUAGGUUUGGCCAACACCAUGGCUCGGGUGGGCGCCAUCGUGGCACCGAUGGUCAAGCUGAGCGGCGACUACCUCCCCUUCGUGCCCAUGAGUAUCUAUGGCGGGAUGGCCAUUCUGUCCGGAGUAUCGGCCUUCGGUCUCCCGGAGACCCUCAACACCCAGCUCCCGGACACAGUCGAGGAUGUUGAGAACAGGUGGAGACUGGGGAAGGCGCCAAAGGCGGAUGUGAUCCCGGAACCGGGAGCGCAAAUCCCCCUGGUGGAACAGAGGCCCUGAACCAGAAUGCCGCCUGGUGCCCUCGUCAACACACCUCCGCAGAUGGACAGGAGGGGAGUGAAGGGGCCAACCUGCCAGAUCCUGCUACUGUUUGCCCAGCUGGAUAUUGCAACUUGUACCUCCUGUACCUAAUAACAUGGCCACUGAGUGUAUGUUCAUUGUCUUCUGCUGCUGUAGCCCGUCCACCUCAAUAUUUGACGUGUUGUGCAUUCAGAGAUGCUCUUCUGCACACCUCUGUUGUAACAUGUGGUUACUGUCGCCUUCCUGUCAGCUUGAACCAGUCUGGCCAUUCUCGUCUGACCUCUCUCAUUAACAAGGUGUUUUCACCCACAGAGCUGCCACUGACCGAAUGUUUUUGUGUGUUUUGCACCAUUCUCUGUAAACCGUGGACCCAGAAAAUCCGCAGUAUCUGAGAUACUCAAACCACUCCAUCUGGCACCAACAAUCAUUCCACGGUCAAAGUCACUUAGAUCACAUUACUUCCCCAUUCUGAUUUUUCUGUACAAAGAAACUGAACCUCUUGGCCACGUCUGCGUGCUUUUAUACAUUGAGUUGCUGCCACAUGAUUGGCUGAUUAGAUAUUUGCAUUAACAAACUGGUGUACAUUCGUAUCUAAUAAAGUGGCCGCCGAGUGUA